GUCGAUGUCUACUUUGACCACAUGGUAGCCAUAAACCUGUUCCACGAGCCGACCUUCCGCGCCAAGGUCAGUUCCAUCGCGAUUGAAUCCAUGUUACAGGCUCAAGCCUUGUUGGUCGCAAUGCUGGCAUUUGCGGCCUGCUUUUACACGACAACAGCCGACGAAACCGACCCGAGCCGCUUUCUCGCACUUGCGUUCACCAAGAUCGAUGAAGCGUUGCAGGAGUGCGGCGAUGAGGCGCCGCCGCUCUGUUUGCUCCAGGCUCUCAUCAUUGCGACGCACUGUCAGCUAACCCUUGGGGUUCGGGGCAAAGCCUGGAGGUCUCUUGGGAUGUGUAUCCGCCUCGCGUAUGAAUUGAACUUGCACCUGGUCGAUGCGGAUCGCCCCGACCGGUACCCUGCGGUCAAUGUCGACGUGCAGCAAUGGGUUGAGGACGAGGAAAGACGCAGGGCCUGGUGGGCAACGUGGGAAAUGGACGUGUUUGCGAGCACUAUCCGGCGGACGCGCCCGGCCAUGGACUGGUCCCAGAUGGAAACGCUGCUCCCCGUAGAGGACCAUUACUGGUUCCAAAACCAGCCAAAGCCCAGCUGCUUCAUGGAACUGGACGCCGUCUACCGGUGGAAGGUGCUCCAAGAGUCCGGAAACGAAUCUCCCAAGGCCUGGUUUCUAGUCAUCAACUCACUCAUGAAGGACGCACAGGUCAUCUCGAGCCCCCGGAUGGGCGGGGUCCGGUCACAAAGGCGGCCCAGGGACCCAACGGAAGGAGAUGCUUUGAAGAAGCUCGAGCUGCUAGCCAAUUCGGUUCAUUGCUUUUCGCUUGCACUUCCCAAGCACCUCCAAUACCGAAACCAGUACCUCGACUUCGAUGGCAGGGCCGCGGGCGAGUUGUCUUCACCACGUCAGAUUCACUGUGGCAUCUAUAACAUCUACGUCAUGACACAGCUCGCUCGGAUCAUGAUUCACAGGUACGGAGUGUUUGGUGGACGUAAGCUGAACGGCGGCGGCGCUGCUCCGGGCAGUCAGGGAGCGGCGGCGGCGGCGGCUAAUAGAAGUUCAAGAUCGAGUGGUACGCGCAGUCCACAUGAUGGGGGCAAGCUGGCCUUGUUGCAGUAUUUUGAAGCGACCGACAACAUCCUGACCAUCCUCAGCCGGAGCAGCGUCGACCACAUCCGACAUAUCAACCCUUUCCUCUCGAGCACAAUCUGGCUAGCUUCUGCCGUUCAGCUUCUCAGGAUGCAGUUCGCCGAGGAUGAAAUAAGCCGAACGCUCAUCAAGUCCAAGUUUGAAGCUCUGUACCUGACUUACAGACGAUGUGUCUCCUUCUGGGACAUUCAAACGGCCGUUCAACAGAACCUCGAGGCUCUCGAGGCACAACUCGAG